ACUAGUUGACGAGUGGUGGACUAUUAAAACAAUAAAACCUAUUAAUAAACCAAUAAAUUUCGAAGUAAUAAUAGUGCAAAAAACACCAAAUAUUAGUUGUGUAAAACCAUAAUUAUUCACUCAGGUUUAUCGAGCUGUGAUUUAGUGUUUUCGUUGAAAUCACCUUAAAUUAAGUGACUGUAAAGGCGGCUUUUCCUCUAGUAUAUUAUGUUUAAUUGAGCGACGCGAAGAUGAACGCCAGAUCUCAGAUGUUCGACUUGACGGUGGAGGGCAGGCAGGCCGACGAAGCAGUGGCCAGUAUAUUCCACACGGUGCUGUUUCACCGAACGCACGGCAAGUUCUUGUACAGCACCGAGGGCAGUUACUCGAUCGGCACGGUCGGAUACACGGACGUAGAUUGCGACUUUAUCGACCUGACGUACGUGUGCUGCUCGUCGCCGCACUUAGACCAAGUGCUCAAGCGCGAGAUCAGCAGCUUCAGCGAGCAGCUGAGAGGCAACGACAGCAGCGGCAUGGGCCAGAUCACUCUGGAAUUUUUCCAGAGGAAACCUCGGACCAGAUGGCUGUUCCAGUCCGAGUGCAUCCCGUGGGAGGUGUGGACCGUGCGCGUCGACCUGCUGACCUUCGCCAACGAAGGGGAGCGACAAGCGUACCGGGAAAAGGUGGGAGAGCUCUUGGCGGAUAAGAUCUUCUCGAUAGCGGAGAUCAUGAACAGACACGAUUAUCUGCCCAAAAUGCCCAGUCAGUCGGAGCUGGAUUUGAUUUUCGAUACGUCCUACCCAGACGUUCAACCUUACUUGUUUAAGGUGAAUUAUUCGAUUUCGGGACCGUCCUCUGGAUCGUCGGUCGGCUCCACGAUGAAAAAGCUUAUCAAAGAGACCCUGUCGCUCUAACUUUCGUUAGUUUAAUUGUCAAUUAGAUUUUGCGCGCUUGGUGAAAUUUUUCGACGUUUUGUUUCAGUGCUAACGCCUUUUAAACAUGACGCAAUUUGAGAUUCCUAUCGGACGGGUCGCCCAAAAAAUCACUUUUUGAUGGUUAGUGAUAUUGGUGGAAUUUAGUGUUACGUGAAGCACUUAUGGGUGGUUGACAAAGGUGGUGACGUGGUGGAGUUUUGUGACAAGUUGGCAACAUAUCGACCACACCAUAUUUGGUGUGACGCACAGAACAACGUGAACGUAGAAAUGAUAGAGCGUUGCUGGAAAGAAUUUUUGAAGUCGUAUUUUUUUAUUAACGUAGUUCACUUAUCGAAACCAACGUUCAUACGAAAUUAGUUUUUUUUUUACGUACAUUAUUUUAUUAACACAAAUGUUUUUUUUUUUGAGUUGUGGCUUUGACCAGUUCUUUCCUGUCACGAUUUCUCUGGCCCCGACCUUUCUGCGUUUGUUCUGUGCCCACCACCAGCAUGACCUGCCGUCAUGGGUGUGACCCAUAUGUUACUAACUUUACGCCAAACUCUUACGACAUAACCGUUUCAAAAACGCUGUUUAUUCAGAAGGGUGUAACGGUUUUCGUCGGAAAGUGAUUUCCACCGAUUUCGGUAAUUGUCGUAAGUUCUAUUUUUGAGCGAGUCGCUUCUUUAAAUCAACUAUUAGCAUAGUCGUUUUUUAACUAGAAAUUAUUUAUUUUUAUUAGUAUAAACGUUUCGCUGAGGUGCAGUUAUUUUCAAAGCGACCAGUCUGUGAAUUUUCCUUUUCUUAAUGUCUAUUUAGGUUAUGUUUACUAUAGUUUGACGUGAUCUUAGUUUAGUUGUCUUUAUUUAAAUCUAAGUUACUAACAAUUCCUACUAUAAGCUUUUUUAUCGAGUUGCAGUGCAACGAAUUCGUUUUUAAUCGCAAAAUCUCUGUGUGAUCUGAAUUUGAGCGUGGUCGUUAUCUUUUUUCUGCGAAAGCGCCCUCUUUUGACGGACUGAAUGUUGCAUGUUUGUUCCUUCGGUGUGGGAGAGGAGGCGCUGCAUCUGUGAAGUAGUAUCAAUUCCGAAAGGCUAGUGAAAGAUAAUUACACAACAUCUCUCUUAAAGUUGGAAUUAGAGUACUUGUUUCGGUGAAGAGAGGCUGCUGGGAUUGGAGGAAAGAUAACGACUUCGGUGAACCAAAGCGGGAGUUUUCGUAUCGUCAGAAAUUACUUAAACUAAUUCGUUAAGAAAAAGUGCAACUGCUAAUGCAUGAUGAUAGAAUUUGCAUAGAGGCACUGUUAUAAGAGUUCAAGUAUCCAGGCCCGCUCUUGUAUUAUUUGAUUGGGGCCAGUAACCUGAAUUUACGGCACGUCUUCGAUGUAUAUUCCUAAUUGAUUCAAGUUGCAGUUCAUGUAAAUAAUUGUGAAUAAUAGUUUUUAGUUUUAGAAAAACAAUGAAUGUUGUGAUUUUGAGUCGACCGUUAAUAAAGACUUUAUUUAUUUUAA